GCCAGGCCGGUCCCGGGGUGCUGGGCCAGUCCUGGAGUGCCGGUCCGGUCCCCGGGUGUAUGUUGCUAAUCUCUCCGUGGGCUGCUUUCUCUCCUGGGGCUUGCGUUUUCUAGUGACUGUUGAGUUGUCCAUAGGAAAGACCCGAGGCAGUCGCAGGAGCAUCUCCAUGAGAUGUGCAAGGAGGGGGGCAGUGGGAUUUUUGCCUCUCCCAGGGACCCUGAAAUUGACCAUGGAGUGGAUCGCAGCUCCAAGAGGAGGCAGGUGAAGCCUUUGGCAGCUUCUCUCCUAGAAGCUCUCGAUUAUGAUAGUUCAGAUGACAGUGAUUUUAAAGUUGGAGAUGCCUCAGAUUCUGAAGGGAGUGGUAAUGGAAGUGAAGAUCCUUCAAAAGACAGUGGAGAAGGUUCCUGUAGUGAUUCUGAAGAAAAUAUUUUAGAGGAAGAACUGAAUGAAGAUGUUAAGGUUAAGGAAGAAGAACUUAAACAUUCUACAGGGGAAGAAAUACUGUCAUCUGACAAACCAUUAAUUAAAAUAGAAAAGAAAGAGGAAGAAGAAAAUGGAGAGAGACCUAGAAAGAAAAAGGAAAAAGAGAAAGAAAAAGAGAAAGAGAAAGAAAAGGAGAAAGAGAAGGAAAAAGAAAAAGCAGCUGGAUCUGAUAGUGUGGCUGUUUCUGCUGCUGCCACCACACCAGCCACAAGCCCUCCCACAGUAAAUACAUCCCCUUCUGCACCCACUACAGCAAGCACCACAGAGGAACAAGUCAGUGAGCCCAAAAAGUGGAACCUUCGUCGAAACCGACCCCUGUUGGAUUUUGUAUCCAUGGAAGAGCUGAAUGACAUGGAUGAUUAUGACAGUGAGGAUGACAAUGACUGGCGGCCUACCGCAGUGAAGAGAAAAGGGAGAUCAUCAUCUCAGAAGGAAGGAAGUGAUGGAGACAAUGAGGAUGAUGAAGAUGAAGGAAGUGGGAGUGAUGAGGAUGAGAACGAUGAAGGCAAUGAUGAAGACCAUAGCAGCCCUGCUAGUGAAGUGGGUUGCAAGAAGAAGAAGAGUAAAGUUCUUAGCAGAAACAGUGCUGAUGAUGAGGAACUGACCAAUGAUAGCCUGACACUAUCUCAAAGCAAGAGUAAUGAGGACUCGCUGAUUCUUGAGAAGAGUCAAAACUGGAGUUCUCAAAAAAUGGAUCAUAUUCUGAUUUGCUGUGUGUGUCUUGGUGAUAAUAGUGAAGAUGCAGAUGAAAUAAUUCAGUGUGACAAUUGUGGCAUUACAGUCCAUGAAGGUUGUUAUGGAGUUGAUGGAGAGAGUGACUCCAUUAUGAGUUCAGCUUCUGAAAACUCCACUGAACCUUGGUUUUGUGAUGCCUGUAAAUGUGGUGUUUCUCCUAGCUGUGAGCUGUGUCCAAAUCAGGAUGGAAUUUUCAAGGAGACAGAUGCUGGAAGAUGGGUUCACAUUGUUUGCGCCCUCUACGUUCCUGGGGUAGCCUUUGGAGAUAUUGACAAAUUGAGACCGGUAACGCUUACAGAAAUGAACUAUUCCAAAUAUGGUGCCAAGGAAUGUAGCUUUUGUGAAGACCCUCGCUUUGCUAGGACUGGGGUUUGCAUUAGCUGUGAUGCUGGCAUGUGCAGAGCCUAUUUUCAUGUGACCUGUGCACAGAAGGAAGGUCUACUUUCAGAGGCAGCAGCAGAAGAGGACAUAGCAGAUCCAUUUUUUGCUUAUUGUAAGCAACAUGCAGAUAGGUUAGACAGGAAGUGGAAGAGAAAAAACUACUUGGCUCUGCAAUCCUAUUGUAAAAUGUCUCUUCAAGAGAGAGAGAAACAACUGUCACCAGAAGCACAGGCAAGAAUUAAUGCUCGGCUUCAGCAAUAUCGUGCAAAGGCAGAAUUGGCUCGCUCUACCAGACCUCAGGCCUGGGUUCCUCGGGAAAAACUACCCAGACCCCUUACUAGUAGUGCUUCAGCUAUUCGUAAAUUGAUGCGGAAAGCCGAACUAAUGGGGAUCAGUACAGAUAUCUUUCCAGUGGACAAUUCAGAUACUAGUUCUAGUGUGGAUGGAAGGAGAAAACAUAAACAGCCUGCUCUCACUGCUGAUUUUGUGAAUUAUUAUUUUGAGAGAAAUAUGCGCAUGAUUCAAAUUCAGGAGAACAUGGCGGAGCAAAAGAAUAUAAAGGAUAAAUUAGAGAAUGAGCAAGAAAAGCUUCAUGUAGAAUAUAAUAAGCUGUGUGAAUCAUUAGAAGAACUACAAAAUCUGAAUGGCAAACUUCGAAGUGAAGGGCAAGGAAUUUGGGCCUUGCUAGGCCGAAUCACAGGGCAGAAACUGAACAUACCAGCAAUUUUGCGAGCACCCAAGGAGAGAAAGCCAAGUAAAAAAGAAGGAGGCACACAAAAGACAUCUAUUCUUCCUACUGUACUUUAUAGUUGUGGAAUUUGUAAGAAGAACCAUGACCAACAUCUUCUCUUAUUGUGUGAUACCUGUAAACUUCAUUACCAUCUUGGAUGUCUAGAUCCUCCUCUAACUAGAAUGCCCAGAAAGACCAAAAACAGUUAUUGGCAGUGCUCAGAAUGUGACCAGGCAGGGAGCAGUGACAUGGAAGCAGACAUGGCCAUGGAAACCUUACCUGAUGGAACCAAGCGGUCCAGGAGGCAGAUUAAGGAACCUGUGAAAUUUGUUCCACAGGAUGUGCCUCCAGAGCCCAAGAAGAUUCCAAUAAGAAACACGAGAACAAGAGGACGAAAACGAAGCUUUGUUCCUGAGGAAGAAAAGCAUGAGGAAAGAGUUCCUAGAGAAAGAAGACAAAGACAGUCUGUGUUACAAAAGAAGCCCAAGGCUGAAGAUUUAAGAACUGAAUGUGCAACUUGCAAAGGAACUGGAGACAAUGAGAAUCUUGUCAGGUGUGAUGAAUGCAGACUUUGUUACCAUUUUGGCUGUUUGGAUCCUCCUUUGAAAAAGUCCCCUAAACAAACAGGCUAUGGAUGGAUAUGUCAGGAAUGUGAUUCUUCAUCUUCCAAGGAAGAUGAAAAUGAAGCUGAAAGGAAAAAUGUAUCUCAGGAGCUCAACAUGGAACUGAAAAAUCCAAAGAAAUAACUGACUUUCUUUAGUGUUUUGAAAAGUUUGCAGUUUAUCUAGUAGCAGAUGAAAUUUCUAAUUUGUAAAGUGAUGAAUUGUAAAAUUUAAUUUGCAAAAAUGUUCUCAAUAAAGUCAUUGAAAUAGGA